AUGAAGAUGAAAUUGGUAGACCAAGUGGUGCGGAGUUUCCGCGUUGCAAAGGUUUUUCGAGAAAAUACAGACAAAAUAAAUAGUAUCGAUUUCUCACCGACUGGAGAGACUCUGAUAUCAUGUAGCGAGGAUGACCAAAUUGUUAUAUACGAUUGCGAAAAAGGAACCCAAAUUCGAACAGUUAACAGCAAGAAAUACGGAGUAGAUCUAAUACAUUUUACUCAUGCAAAAAACACUGCCAUUCAUAGUUCAACUAAAGUCGACGACACGAUUCGAUAUCUAUCCCUACAUGACAAUAAAUAUAUUAGGUAUUUUCCGGGACACACCAAAAAAGUAGUAUCUCUUUGUUUAUCUCCUGUAGAGGAUACAUUUUUGUCUGGAUCAUUAGACAAAACACUGAGAUUGUGGGACUUGCGAUCUGCAAAUUGCCAAGGGUUAAUGCAUUUAUCAGGAAGACCAGUGGCUGCAUAUGAUCCAGAGGGACUGAUUUUUGCUGCAGGUGUUAAUUCAGAAAGUAUAAAACUAUAUGACCUGAGAUCAUUUGAUAAGGGUCCCUUUGUGACGUUCAAACUAACACAAGAAAAAGAGUGUGACUGGACAGGUUUGAAAUUCUCCAGAGACGGAAAAACUAUCCUUAUUAGCACAAAUGGAUCAAUUAUUAGACUGAUUGAUGCUUUCCAUGGCACUCCUCUACAAACUUUCACAGGCCAUCUUAACAAUAAGGGUAUUCCCAUUGAGGCAUCUUUCAGUCCAGACUCUCAAUUUAUAUUUAGUGGAUCAACUGAUGGAAGAGUUCAUGUUUGGAACGCAGACACAGGAUAUAAAGUUUGUGUGUUGAAUGCUGACCAUCCAGGCCCAGUUCAAUGUGUGCAAUUCAAUCCAAAGUACAUGAUGUUGGCUUCUGCUUGUACAAACAUGGCGUUCUGGCUGCCUGCCAUGGAAGAUACAUAAAAGUAAAAAACUUCAAAAAUGUCCAGGAACUAAUGUUAAUUUUUCUUCAAGUGAGAUUAGAUUGUAGUCUGUUGUUCCAAGUUUUACAUGUAAAAUAUUUGUAUAUCUUUUUAAAAAUUGGGGAAAAUAUUUUGCAAUAUUUUUCAUUGGAAAAACAAGUAUAUUAUUAAAAUUUGUUGGAAUAUAAUCUGUAAGAAAAUAAGAAAGUUAGUGCUUCUUUGUAAGUAUAAGAUGCCUUAGAUAUGAGAUCCAAUUAUUUAAAGCUGAAUUUUUGGUAAUUUUUGUUUUCAAAAUGAACAAUAUUUUGGUACAUUGUGGCUCUACAGUACUUCGUAGGCCGUAGCCUGCUUCAGCACAUCCUUCCAUUUGUGUCUAUCAAAUUCCUUUCUUCUCCUUUUUCUGCCAAUUGUUUUGAGAUCCUUUUCCACAUCGUCGAGAUAUGUUAGUCUAGCUCUUCCUCGAGUUCUACUUUCUACUGGGUUUUGGAACAAAUAUUCUGGUGAGGUUUCCAGGUUUCCUUAUAGGGUCUGUAUAGUUAUAUCGUUUAUACCAUAUACAAUUUUCAUUUCUCACACUGUAUAUUGUUGGCUUACUGCCAAAAUAAGCUAACUCCACUUUUUGUUGAUUCCGAGUUAAGUACUUCUUUAUACUUUGAAAAUUCUCUGAGAAUGUACUGACAAAACCAAAUAUGUCCAAACAGAUUUUAAAUAUGGGAAACACAAGAGGCUCAAAAAAACUAACUCCAAUGAUGACACAUUAUUCAGAAGAUAAAAGCAUCAGAUAUAAUAGGCCUCUUAAGCAGAACACAUCAAUAUAUCUAUGAAAGUAUUGACAUUGUGGUCUACUAUGACUUUAUUAUUAUUUUUGAAUAUUGCACAAUUUUAUUAUAUUAAUCUUUUAUGUCUGAAAAUAUUUUACAGUGUUCUUUUGUAAAUGUGCAAAUGAACCAGCUAUUGGUCACACUGUUCCAGUUAUUGACACGAUAUAUAUUAGUGAUUGGCCAUAAUUUUUUAAAGUGAUAUUUUACCACUUAAAUACUAAGUUAAGAUAGGUAGGUAGAUAGGUACCUACCUAUUUGGGUAAGCAAGGAUUUUGUAAUGAGCGUGAACACAAAAAAGAGCAUGUCAAAGUACUUUUAUUUUUUAUUCUGACAAGAUUCGCAAACAUACUUGAUCUGUAUCCCCAUAGAAUCUUGUUAUGCAAGUCACAUGAUAUGUUCUUAGACACAUUGACAUCUAAUGCCUUCUUUACACUCUGUAAUAUUUAGUACACAUAGGUAUCACACACGUUUAGAAACUUUAAAAUCUGAUGAAAUGUUUGAUACCAAGUUUGUAUUUUUAAAGGGCGAAAGAAUGUUUGAUACAGAGUUUUGAUUUUCAAAGUGUGAAAGAAUGUUUGAUAAUAAAUUAUCAGAUAAAAUUGUAAUUUUUGUUGAGGAAUGUUUUGUAUCUCAAAUAAUUUUCGUUUUUGUACAUUUUUUUUCUUAGUGUGGACUAGUAUUAAGAAAUAUUUUUGGAGAUCAUUUUGAUUAAAUAGAUUAAAAAUAGUCGUGAAUAGAUUUGGUGACUCAUGAAACUUUGGAUUUAGUAACAGUUAUUUUUAAAAUAUGGAACUUGGUUACAAUUUGAAAACUAAAAUUGCUGAUAUAUUUACACAAUUUUUCAAAACGAUAUCACUGUAUUGUCUCUUACUUUCCACUGGCAUUAUAAAUGCCAGUAAAAUAUGGCGAUAUUGCAAAAAAGAUUUUUUCCAAUGAGAAAAGGUGGCUGCGAUUGCAAUUUUGAAGUACUAUGAAUGAAAAUUUAAGAUGAAAUUUGUAAAAUGUAUUUGAACUGUCAAAAUACGUUUAGAUUAGUUUUUAGACUUCGUAUUUAGUGUCUUUACUGCAGUUAAUUACGUUUUUUGUGUAUAUAGAAAUAAUUUAGUAAAUUUUUUACUGCACCUUUAUAUAUAAUUUAAAUAAAAUAUUAAAUUAU